AUGGCUACCGUAGGAACACUUACCUCAGCAACUCUACCCGACUCAAUAGUACACGCCGGUCUGAAGAUGAAGGAUAUGACCACCUCGAGAACAGUAGACACAGUCUUGUUCGAGCCGUCCAAGCAUUUGAGCCACACCACGUCUGCCAGAGUGCACAAUAUGGAAGAAUUUGGCUAUUCACAAAGCCGUGGGAUAUCCCCAGUAGAAGUAUUUGAACCCUUCCCGUGGUCCUCUUCCGAGGCCAUUCAGCAAACGAGGAAGAAGUCCUCAGCAAAUGAGGUCUUCUCCAAAUGGAAGUACUCAAGCGAGCCUGCCCAGGGUCAACUCAGGGGAUACGCAGCAGACUGCGCACCAGUCGUAGGCGACGCUUGGAAGAAGUCUGAGACUCUUGCGAUCAUUCCCAAGCUCGCAGGGGCGGGUUCGUUCCCGCCAUGGACUUUGAAAUAG